CGACUAGUAGAUGGUAGUAGAUAUAACGAGGGUCGAGUAGAGAUAUAUUAUAAUGAGAGGUGGGGUACAAUCUGUGACGACGGCUGGUCCACAGAAGAUGCUGAUGUUGUUUGUAGACAGCUAGGAUUUAGAAGAACGGGAAGUAUUGUGAUACCAAGUCUAAGUUUUGAUGAAACCCAGGAAGAAGUGCGGAUUAAGGAUGUGAAAUGUACGGGAUCGGAACCCAUACUACAAAGAUGUAAUCUCGGGCUACUGGCAUCUACAGAAACCUGUCCGACUUCAAACUACGCAGCUGUUAGAUGUGCACCCAAACCCCCUACAGUACGACUUGUUGGUGGUUUCCAGUCCAAUGAAGGUCGGGUAGAAGUGAAAUAUAAUGGCGUCUGGGGUACAGUCUGUGGCAGCAAUUGGGACAAAUGGAAUGCCGCUGUAGUUUGUAGACAACUUGGUUUUGAUCCAAAGGGAGCUCAAAAAAGAGGUUUUUCUCAUUUUGGUGAAGGAACUGGUCAAGUGUGGUUGAACAGGGUGGAUUGCAGGGGUACAGAGGCGAGGAUUGAGGACUGUGAACUUGAUGGAUGGGGUUCGUCACAGUCUCCUUGUGAACAUUAUUAUGACGCUUCUGUUGUUUGUCGCCGUAAGUCUUUAAAUCGUUACUUUGUCUGUGAUAGCUUUACUGUUUGA